CGCGCAGGCCCCGCCCCCGGCGCCCGCCAUGUUGGGGGGUGUGCGCGGGGGAGCGCAGAGCGGAGCCGCCCCCGCCGGCCGGCAGCAGCAGUAGCCCGAGCUCCGCCGCGCUGCGUGGGCAGUGGGCUCGCCUCGGCCACCCGCCUCCCCUCCCUUCAGCUGCCUCUCCAGCAGCCGCGGGCCGCCAGGGAAUGCGCAGAGGCGGCUGGCGGCGGCUCCCCCGUUGAGGAGGAGAGCGGCGGGCAGGGGAGAGCCGGGACAUGGUGCCGUGCGCUCCGCUGGAGGACGUGGAGGAGCCGGAGCCCUGCCACAAAAUGGAGCUGUACGUGAGCGGCGGCGAGCUAAAUGGCCUUAAAAUGGCAGACGAGCCUAUGGAAGAAGGUGAACCAUAUUCCUACCAUGAUGAAGGAAGUGUAAAAGAAAUUCCCAUUACCCAUCACGUGAAAGAAGGAUGUGAGAAAGCAGAUCCAGCACAGUUUGAACUACUAAAGGUUCUUGGUCAGGGGUCAUUUGGAAAGGUCUUCCUCGUAAGGAAAAUAAUUGGUCCUGAUGCUGGACAACUUUAUGCAAUGAAAGUAUUGAAAAAAGCUUCUUUAAAAGUUCGGGAUAGAGUUCGUACGAAAAUGGAGAGGGAUAUAUUAGUAGAAGUAAAUCACCCAUUUAUCGUCAAACUGCACUAUGCCUUUCAGACUGAAGGGAAGCUAUAUUUAAUAUUGGAUUUUCUCAGGGGAGGAGAUGUAUUCACGCGAUUAUCCAAAGAGGUUAUGUUUACAGAGGAAGAUGUGAAAUUCUACCUCGCAGAACUGGCCCUUGCUUUGGAUCACCUUCACAGCUUGGGAAUUGUAUACAGGGACCUGAAGCCAGAAAACAUUUUGCUUGAUGAAGCAGGACAUAUCAAGCUAACAGACUUUGGACUCAGCAAAGAAUCAGUAGAUCAAGAGAAGAAGGCCUAUUCUUUCUGUGGUACUGUAGAAUACAUGGCACCGGAAGUAGUAAACAGGCGCGGGCACAACCAGAGUGCUGACUGGUGGUCCUUUGGUGUUCUCAUGUUUGAAAUGCUUACUGGUACGCUACCAUUUCAAGGUAAAGAUCGAAAUGAAACUAUGAAUAUGAUACUGAAAGCAAAACUUGGUAUGCCUCAGUUCCUCAGCCCUGAAGCACAAAGUCUUCUGAGGAUGUUAUUUAAAAGGAACCCAUCAAAUAGAUUAGGAGCCGGUUCGGAUGGAGUUGAAGAAAUCAAGAGGCAUCCUUUUUUUUCUACUGUUGACUGGAAUAAACUGUUCAGAAGAGAAAUUCAACCUCCAUUUAAACCUGCUUCUGGAAAACCAGAAGAUACCUUUUGUUUUGAUCCAGAAUUCACGGCAAAAACACCAAAAGAUUCUCCAGGAGUUCCACCUAGUGCGAAUGCACAUCAGCUCUUUAAAGGAUUUAGUUUUGUUGCAACUACUACUGUAGAAGAUCAUAAAAUAUCACCACUCACCAACAUACUGCCAAUAGUACAGCAACUUCAUGGAAACAGUGCGCAGUUUACUGAUGUAUAUGAGCUGAAGGAAGAUAUUGGUGUUGGUUCCUACUCUGUUUGCAAGCGGUGUAUACACAUAGCUACAAAUAUGGAGUUUGCUGUAAAGAUAAUUGAUAAAAGCAAGAGGGAUCCCUCAGAAGAAAUUGAGAUUCUCAUGCGUUACGGACAACAUCCAAACAUUAUAACUUUAAAGGAUGUGUAUGAUGAUGGUAGAUUCAUAUACCUUGUCACUGAGCUGAUGAAGGGAGGAGAGCUGCUUGAUCGAAUUCUUAGACAAAAGUUCUUCUCAGAACGAGAAGCUAGCGCUGUGUUAUAUACUAUCACCAAGACCGUGGACUACCUGCACUGCCAAGGAGUAGUGCAUCGAGACCUUAAACCUAGUAAUAUUUUAUAUACGGAUGAUUCAAAUAAUGCUGAUUCUAUCAGGAUUUGUGAUUUUGGAUUUGCAAAACAACUUCGAGGAGAAAAUGGGCUGCUUCUAACUCCGUGCUACACUGCAAACUUUGUGGCACCAGAGGUUCUCAUGCGGCAGGGAUACGAUGCUGCUUGUGACAUAUGGAGCUUGGGUGUUCUCCUUUACACAAUGCUGGCAGGCUAUACUCCGUUUGCAAAUGGUCCUAAUGAUACUCCUGAGGAGAUCCUGGUACGGAUAGGCAGUGGAAAAUUUUCAUUAAGUGGAGGCAACUGGGACACUGUUUCUGAUGCAGCAAAGGACUUGUUAUCACAUAUGCUUCAUGUAGAUCCUCAUCAGAGGUAUACAGCAGAGCAAGUAUUAAAACAUUCAUGGAUAGCCUGUAGAGACCAGUUGCCCCAUUAUCAGCUAAACAGGCAAGAUGCACCACAUCUAGUAAAGGGAGCCAUGGCUGCUACAUAUUCUGCACUGAAUCACAAGACAUUUCAGCCAGUGUUAGAGCCUGUUGCAGCCUCGAGUUUAGCUCAGCGACGGAGCAUGAAAAAGCUAACGUCAACAGACUUAUAGAUCCACUGGGACACCUUAGCAAACAGAAGCAAGGAGAAAAUCCAAUAAGUGGCUUUACUUUGCCUGACCUGUGAUCAAAAGGCGUCUAUGGUUUCCUGCUACACUACUUGAAUUCUGUAGAAGUCCUUUUUUAAAAAAAAAAAAAUAUUCCACAGGUUCAUACUGUGUUAUUUUACAGGUUGUAUCUGUUAAAUUAAUUUAAACAUCAGGUACACCAUGAUGAAUUUCUUGACACUGUCCUUUAAGAGAUCUGUUGCAAAUAUUUCGCAUUCUGUAUAGUUUUGCUGGGUUCAUUUAAAAAAAAAAAUGGUUUAGGGGACCAUUGCCAAUGACCAAGUUGUACAUAAAAAAGUGUCAGUGUAAGCUUUUUCUUCUCUUUGUGCAUUUAGACCCUGUUGUGAAGGACAAAUUCUUAAUUUUGUAAUUGGGCACUUAAUUGAUUCAACUUAAUUCAUUUAACUUGUUCAUUCUUCUUAUAAAAAGAUGACUAAUGUAUUGUGCCAGUAUUAAAUGCAUUAGCGCUAAUUUGGCAGGUCUGUGUUUGCGUGGUGCCAGUAAUUAGUAAGUUUGUGGAAAAUAUUAAAAAAAAAAAAAGGGGAUGUGUAAGGUUCUGCACUUUACCUGGAAGCUUAAUUUGUUCACUUGUGAAAAAUUGCCUCUUAUAAGAAAAGAACACUUCUAGUUAUUACCAUGAAUGUUGUGUCUGGCACUGAGCUGGAGAAGGUAAAUACACAUAUAAGCUGACAGAAGUGAGGACUGAAAUAAUAUUGGUACUACAACAUCAUAUAAUCCAGUUUUGUUAAAAAAUUUUGUUAUUACAUAUCCGUUUGUACAACUAUUACUGUUUCCUUAGCAGUUGUUUCCACUGAAUAUAACUAACCUUAAGUUUGUUUGGCAUAUAAGGCAAACUGACACUUUGUUAUAUCAAACUUGGCAUAUGGAUUUUAUUUUUUAUUUAUUUGUUUUUCUUAUAGAAUAUUGCUUCUACCUGAAUCUCUAGCUGCAUGUACAAAUACUACAGAACAUAAACACAAAAUUCAAUUUGCCUAACUGUAGGGGUAGCUUGGGAAAAAUAAAUAAGCCUUGCAGUGUACCCAGAUAGGAGAAUUGUGACCCAGAAAUUUCAUAGUUAUGGGCAGGUUACUGACAAUAUCCUUUUGCCAGCACUCAGUCUUUCUGUCUGUCUUCAUGUUAGGACUUCAGCUCAGUCUAAAAAAUGUUGCGAUAGAAAGGAAACAAAUCUCAGGGCCAGAAUUGUCUUGGAGUUUUCUGACUCAAAACCAGUGCUGACUUGCAUCUGCUAGUAAACUAGGAAUUACUACAUUCAGAGAUAAUACGCUUAAAAUAUUUUCACAGGUUGUAGAUGUUGUCAGUAAAAUUGUACAGCAGUAGGUGGUAUGCAUUUUAAAUAUUAGGAAGCAUAUUAUUCACCAACAGACUGUUCACAAUCUGAGAAUGCAAGUGACCAAAAAUUGCAGUUCAGGCCAUCACUGAAUUUCUUGUUCCAGAUAUCUUUGAUGGCCAGUUAUAAGACAUUUGUGAUGGCAGAACUCUGCAAUUUGAAACAGAAAGGAAAAAAAAAAAGCUUUCAGGAAAAUUCUGGCCUAACUGCCAAAAGUGACAAUAGCUAACUUGGGUUUUAAAAUGCAAAGGGUGCUGGCUGGCUUUUUCUUAUACCUGUGAGGUACUUGACAUUGAAGUACUAUUAGAUAAGCUGCUUUCUUCUGCUGUGGUGGGGGAAGAUGGAAAUUAUCUGGCCAAAUAGUUAGGUAUGAGUAUGUAUAGAUUUGAGACUUUAUGAAUAUAGCAAACAAAGGUGUGCUAUUUGUAUCAUGCAGAGUAUACUCCAUACUAAAUUUCUCGAGUGUUUGGUAGAUGUUGGAAGCUUACUGGGGCCAUUUGUGCCUGAUUUUGAGGUGCCUGUUUAAAAUGCUUGAAAGCUAUCAGAGAACAUGACUGCUUCCUGGAAAGCGUAUUGUUUAGUACCAGAUCUGUCCCUUGUGCAAUUGGCUUAUUUUUUCUUUUCUCUAUUAGAGACCUUUGUCCAAAAGAAUCAUGUGAAAUUCUCAUUUACAGCCUGUAGUUUUUGUCUGCAAAUUUACAAAUGACGGCCAGAAAAAUCUGAGUUCAUUCUAUGGAGGAGAAAAAAGUGGUAGAAAUAAGCUGCCUUGGCUGAGGUCCAGGUAUAAUAUGGGUUGAAACAUACUAGUAAAAACUGUGUUGGUCUAGAGGGUAAUGCAAGGAAUGGAACACAAAUGUCAAAUUUGAGUUGUCUUUAGCUUUCCUGCAAGGUAGCAGCUGGUCUGUAAUGGCUUUAUUCAUUAAUCAUUUAACAGUGUUUAUAUUGGCAUUUUCUGUUAGCUUGCUUAGAAGCACCACGUUAUAAGCACCUUAAAAGCAUUUUGCACAAAAGCAGUUGUAAGCAGCUGAAGAUAACUUAAGUUCUUCUCAAUGUGCAAAACAAAGGUGAUAAGAGGAAGAAUGUGCAAAUGAGGUUGGAUAUUCUGAUUCUUAGCAAAGAGUUUUAAACAUCUGUAAGGUUAUCCCUUCUAGUUUUUUUAUAUCAUUACUAGCCUGUAGCGCUAACGGUACUCCUGGGGCAAAAGCAAGGUUUUAGUGAACUACUACAGUAUUACAAAUGUCUUAUCACAAGGAAAUAGUGUGGAGAAACAUCUUUGUUAUAUUUGAUGAGACUUGUGUACUCUAGUAUGCUGAUUUUAAUCCUUAAGUCAUUUGCGGGGGGCAGGGAAGUGAACUUGCUAUGACUAUUUCAGCGUAUCAGUUUUGAAACAUGUCAGAUAUGCAGGGAUACAAGAGAGUUCAUUUGCUGUUUACUUUUAAUAAUUUGAUAUUUCUUUUGGAUUUUUCAUACUUUUUAAAACUUUUGUUCAAUUACUAAUGCUCAUGAACAGACUGCAUUGUCAGUUCAGUGUGAAAUGGAAUAACGCUUGAACAUGCUCUUGGAGUGAAAGGUCAGUAACGUUUUCUAUGGUCUCUGCACAGUUCAAGAUUACAAGCUAUUUAUGAUCUAACACAGACUUUGUAAGAGAGUGACACUUUCUAUUUUUAUAGAGAAAUACAAAUGCUACUUAAAAGAAUUUCUGGAGAACUAAUUACUAUCAAAUGAUCUGAUACGUUGGGUGUGGUGUCUUACUGCCAGCAAGGUAACUUCUACUCUGGCUUUGAUAAUGGCAGUUAUGCGCUAGAUCUCAAGCAGAGUCUGAUACGGUUCUUGCUGAAGGGAGUAGAUAGCCUCACACAUACACUGUAGCUGGAGCACAUACCUGAGGUACCUGCUUCUCCUUCACCUCACCCCUUCAAUAUUGCAAUUGUUAUCUUCAGUUUUCCUUUUGAUGAAAAGUGGAGAACUCUAUUGUAUUCCUGUAUCAUAUUCAAAAGCUGUGCAGUGGCACCAACAUCCACCAGUGGUGGAUAAUGAAGGGCGCCCAAACCAGAGAGAAUCAGCAUGGGUAGAUUGAUUUUAAGCUAGUGUUUUGUGGCUUGCCUAAAUGCUGUUGUUAGCAUGGUGUCUAUCUUUCCUAUUACGCCUGAAACUACUAAAUUAUUUCUGACCCUGUAAAGAGCCUAAUUAGAUAGUCUAAGCCUACUGUCUAGUUGAGGCCAAUGUUCUGUGGUUUUCAAAGUUCUUCUGGCAUUCAGAGAAGGUAUCCAACACCUCGCUCGAAUAGUCUUCCAUAUUUUAAUUCACUUUCCAAAGCUAACUUUCCAGUAUGUACUGGAGAAAUUAACUGAAAUGCUCAGUAGUUAAAACUACAUCUAGCCAAUUUUAACAAUUGGAAGUUAUUUGCAAUAUGCACUGGUCAUUUGCAGUGAGAUAUUUCUCUCUGCCCUCAAAUUUUGCAAUUAAAAAAGCUGGGGAGCUUGUGAGGAUUGAAUUAAAUUAAUUAGAUGGUAAUAUAGUAAGUAUCUUGGUUUGUAUCAAUGCAAUUAGACUAAAACAUCAAUGCAAUUAAGGGGAGUUCAUGUACUUUUGUAGCACUUAAGUUUUUUGGACCUAUCUAGACUUAAACUUUGCUAAUGUUUGUGGGAGGGAACGGAGGAGCACGUUUCUCUUAAAGUUUUCAGAUGGCUUCUUAAGCCAUUAUAAUAGAGUCCUUAUGUAAUGCUAUCAGAGCUCUACUUUUUUUUACACUCUUCCAUGACAGUUUACUCAGUUUUUCCUGAGUAUGUAUUGAUACCUAUGGGUAACAUACGUACACUGUUAUUCAUGUACCAUCCUUCUGCAUUAAUGCCUCUUUAGUUACAUAUCCUCAGUGUCUUUUCUUAAAUGUACUCCCCUGAAUUAAUUUGUUGUUGUGCCUAUAUUUUCCCUUGGGAAUAAAAGAAUGGAAGCAAGUUAAAGAAAAUAAAACCCUAGGGUAUAGCUGUAGUUGACUUGAAUAUUGUAGUAACUUAUGUAACUAGAAGUCCCCCCUCCAAUUAAUCAGUGACUGGCUUUCUUGAGAUUUUUCUAUGUAAUGAAAGCAACUUUUCUUUUGAAAGCUUUAAAUGAUCUUUAAUGGUUAAGACUUGGGAGAUAGCUUAUUAUCAGUAAUGAGUUUGAAUAACAUUGGAUCCUGGUUUGGAUUUUUUUGUGUGUGUGAGAACUAAAAACAUGCUCAUGGUGGAUCUCCUUUGCAGGACAAAGUGUUCCUAUUUUGUGUGUUUUGCAUUAGGCUUAUAAGCAGCAUUGGCGAAGUAAUUGUGUUGUCAUAAUAUCCCAAGCACUUUGGCAUCUUGCACUGAUACUCUGAUUAGAGCUAAAAACUAUUCUGGCACGUGACUGGCUAUAAAUCUCAAUAUAUGAAAGGGCAUUAAUUGAAAAUGGUGUGCAAUGAAUCACAUGCUCUCUGAGGUACUUAAAAGAUGAAACUAUACAAAAGGUCCCCGUUAUCAGAUAUUGUAACUGUCAUUUCUUUCUCUAAGCAUAUUGUGGAUUUUGUAUCAUAUUGUAUUUAUUUCAUUUAAUUUUAAAAGUUUUCUUUAAAGCUCUGUAUAUAUUGACAUUAAAGUUUGCAUUGUACUACGUUCUCUUCUCCUUGUAAGGCUGAAUCGAGUAGUGCAUUGUAUGGUAUGUUGUUUUUCUUUGCACUGUGCUGCUAAGAGAUACGAUUGCCUUGAAUUCCAACAUGCCAAAGACAACCUCAAAAUUGUAUUUAUUUUUGUUAGACCUUGUGAAUAAUGAUAAAGGUACAGUUUUAAAUAGCUGGCAGUUCCUUGAGUACUAGAAUAAAAAGGUUGCAAAUUCAUGAUUUUUAUAAUUGACAAAAAAAUGAUCAUUUAUGAUUUGAAAGUUCAACUUUUUUAAAAUUGAUAUAAAGAUCAAUGAGCACACAUACUAAAUUAAAUGUACUGUGAAUUGCAUUAUUUGGUAAGCCUUGCCAAAAACCUCACAUAAAGAGCUGUUUAUAAAUUUAUAUUCACAGUAAAGUGUUUUAUGCCACACUUUCAAUAAAACAUACAUUUACUGAUA